GGCAUUUGGUCAUUGUUUUUACCUGUUGGUCAACUUAAAACUAAGGUCCAUUGCAUGCUUAAGUUUUUUUUAUGCAGUUUUCUUCCCCUGGAAUUAAUGGAGUCCUGCAGCUGAGGAUCAAGAUAAGAUUAUUUUAACAACUAGUGUUGCCAUAAACUCAAGCUGCUCCGAAGAAUCUUAAAAAUGGAGCAAAUUGCUGACCUAAGACAUUCAUCUACAAUGUCUGGAUCGCCCAUAGCACCUCACCCAGCUGAGUCCUACCAACAGGGGAACAUGAGAAUGAAACUGGAAUAUUCAGAGCUCUGGAAAUCCUUUCAUGACAUUGGUACUGAAAUGGUCAUCACUAAAUCUGGCAGGAGGAUGUUUCCAUAUUGCAAUGUAAGUGUGUCUGGUCUUGUGCCCUAUGCCAAGUAUGUCAUCAUGGUGGAUAUGGUUCCAGUGGACAAUUCCAGGUACAAGUGGAAUAAUGAGCAGUGGGAGGUGGCGGGAAAAGCAGAGCCACAGCCUCCAUGUAGAACCUACGUUCACCCAGAUUCUCCUGCUUUGGGUAGCCAUUGGAUGAAGCAGUCAAUUUCUUUUCUCAAGCUGAAGCUCACCAACAACCCACUAGACCAAAGAGGCCAUAUAAUUUUACACUCAAUGCAUCGCUACCAGCCUCGCUUUCAUGUGGUGCAGGCCGAUGACCUUUAUAGCGUGCGAUGGAGAGUCUUCCAGACCUUCACAUUCCCUGAAACCACCUUCACCGCAGUCACGGUCUACCAGAACACCAAGAUUACAAAGCUGAAGAUAGACCACAACCCCUUCGCAAAGGGCUUCAGAGAAGAAGGAACUCAUGGCAAAAGGCACAGAGCUCAGAAAAGUCAGUUGUGUCCAGAGAGUUCAGCGAAGAAACUAAAGUCUUCAGACAAAGAGCCAGAGUUCAACUGUUUCCAAGAUGUGCCAAGGCUUCCAUAUGACCCUCACAGAGAGGAUUCCGAAAGCCUGAUGCUUUCCAAAGAAGUGCCGAUGGCCCAGGAUGAGCAAAUGUCCCCAUGGGGAGGAGAACAGGACCCUGGCCAAAGUCUGCAGAGUGAGGGAGCCAUGGACUACACAAACUCAGAGCAGCUUGUUCCAGGACAGGCCAACUACCAACUACACAAAACUCACAACUCAGCAUUUGGGAGGAUGUCUUCAUCUUCCUGCCCCGAUGCCCAAACCGUCUGCAACAGUUUUGAGUCUAGAUCUACCGACAUGGCCACUGUUCCUGAGCAGGAGCUCUCAAGAACCCUGCCAUCCAUGAGUCAGGGUUCUUCACAGAAUAAAGCACAGGACUUCUCCCUGACUACCAACAUUGGAGGGCAUUCCAAAGCCAGGCCAGGGAUGCCGCUGUACAGUCAUUAUAACAUGGAGCAGCCUUUAGGCCACUGGAGUGGAGCUUUAGCUGGACAGUACUCAAGCUCCACCUACUCUCAGCCACUCCCACAACACCUGAUGUCAGAGCAUAGCAUCCAUCCCUCUGGAUAUCACCACAGCAACAUGGCAGAGUGGAGUCAGUAUUCUCUUUUCUCCUACACUUGCUGAGGAACAGUGCAGAAAAGACUACAUCAUCAGAAAAAAACAGAUAAUAGCAAAAGAACAAUUGGAGAGACAAUUAUUUUUGUGCUUGAUUCUAAUAUUGAAAACAAACAUACAGAUUAAUACAUCAUGGAAUAAAAUGUAUAUUCUGGAUUAUAUAGGCUUAAGAAAAAUCAUCUAAUGUCACUGUGUGAUUUUAAAUAAGCCUACACUUGCUUGUUACUUAAUUAAGAUAAACUUUUACCUGAAUUUUUUGUCCAAUGUUUGUAAAUGGAAAUAUUAUACAUUAAACAAGGUGCAGUAUACAAAUUAUAUUAAUAUUAAUACUGUAAAUGCAUACAGCUAUAUUUUAUAGGGUGACUAAUCAGAACUUAUGAAAUACUGUUUGUCUUUUGUGACAUUGAGAGAAUUCAUGUCAGUGUUCCUCUAUUUCUUCCUAUUAAAAUCUAUG